CUAUAACCCCCUUGUUGCUGGAUGGGGAGCGUUAAGAUAUAGACGACCACGACCUAAUGCAUUAAUGGAAGUACAAAUGCCAGUGAUUGAGAACGCCGAAUGCAAAAUAGCUUAUUCCAAAUUUCCUAAUGCACCUGAUAUCACUGAUGGUAUAAUAUGCGCCGAACAUGCUCAGGGUGGAGAGGAUUCUUGUACGGUAUUGUGUCUUAUGCUUAUAAGUGCGGCACAGCUGGGUAUCCCAGCGUUUACACUAGGGUCACAUCGUACCUUGACUUCAUUCUCCAAGCGAUGCAAUAAUAUGAUAUUACUGUUCCAUAAAUAUCAUUGUGUAAAAAACGUAAAGUUGGAUUUUCUUAUUGUGGAGAUAAGAAACAGCUCAAAUUUACAUUGUUUUGUACGUUACAAAUUAUAGGCUUAAAAUGUACGAAAUGUAACUUUGAAACGACACUAAUUUUUUACGCACGAUAAACCUCCACGACUUAGGUAUGUAAAGAUGAUAAACGUAUAUUAAUUCUAUUAAUUUGGUAAUAAUAAACCAACUUUCUGAGAAGUUCUGUAAAUUUCGUUUCUGUUGUAUCAAGAGAAUAAUGGAAUAUUCCACUUAGAUCGUAUACUUCUUGUAUGUACGUACAAAAUUUUCCGGCUAAUCUAAAACACUUCAUAAGAUAGAGAGCUUCUGGAAAUUCGGACACAGAGAGUGCAUAAAAUACAAGAUAAGUCUCGUGUCUUUCAAAAUUAUUUUUUAUUCGCUAAAAACGUCCUGUGUACUCAUGCAAUCACAUGCAACCUCGAAACUUCACUUAUUUUUUAUCACUUUCCAAUUCAAUACACAGUUUCAGCAUUUUUGACUAUAUGUAAGAGAAAUUUCCAUUCAGCCAAAGGUGUACUUACAGAUUAUAGAUUCCUAUACGACUCUCAGUAAAAAUU